AAAACGGUUAAGUCGACAAGCUGCCGUUUCCUGUAGCCCCCUGAUGCCAACACACACACACACAGCAGCUACACGACGACUGAUCACUGGGAAAACCCAGCUGCAAAGUGACGGGCAUUCGCUGGACUCCAUCUAAGGUGAUCCACCGACUGGUCAAGGAGAUUAACAACCCUGAAUCGGUUUACUACUUGGCCUACAAGAGAGAGACAGGUAGAUUGUUUGGCAAACAAAGAAUCCAAACCGGACUGGAAGACGGAGACCAGGCGGGGCAUGGCCGAAGAGAGGAAAGGACUGGAUAACGACCCUGAGGAAAAGAUGGACCAGAAAUGAUGACUGAUCUGUAGGAGUCUCGAUGAACUGUGCUUAAGUACUGCAGCAGGGGUGAUGAGUAGAUACAUACCGACGAUCCACAGGUGAACAGGUGGAGACCAUACCCAGCAGCACACACAGGAACACAGACAGUACUGACAACCAAUAGAGGACCAACAAACAGAAAGGAGAGGGAACACAGGAGAACAUAGGGCAGCAGCUGUUGACACAGAUUUGGUUCGGACUAAUGUCUAUGGCUACAACAUGUUUUCUAUACAAAAGGUACUGCAAAAUACAUAUAUACUCAUCACUUUUUUUCACAAAUUUGAACAUACCGGAUGGUCCCUCUCCUUCUGCCACGUGGCUAAGAUGAUGACCAUUGAGGUUGAGAAGUGUCAAUCUACUAAAAAUAACAAGCUCACCGAGCUGUGACCCAGUUUCUGUUUCAGAACAACAUCCCAGUGUUCAGCCCAGCCCUGACGGAUGGUGCCAUAGGAGACAUGGUUUGCCUCUUCUCAAUUGAGAACCCUGGUUUGAUAUUGGACAUAAUAGAAGUUUAAAAAAAACAGCCUGCAUCUCUGCUGACUCAGUUUGUCUCUGUGUUAUCUGGUCUUACACUAUGCGUUUGAUUCCAGAUACUUCAAAGUUGAACAACCUUGUAACAGUUGCAAACAGCACAGGAGCGAUCACCCUGGGGAGAAGUGUGGCCACACACCACAUAUGCAAUGCCAAUUCCUGGGUUAGUAUUUACCAUGUUUUGAGUUUGAUGUGUUCAGUUAUUUUCCAUUUAGAAUUUAUUAAGGAGGCCCAAGUACAGUAGAUGUGCCCCCAGCAUACAGACAGCCAACAUUAAUAUCAAGCAUUCUCUUCUGCAUUUUUCUGUUCUGUGCUUUCUUAAAAGACUGCUUUGUUUCCUUCAAGAGGGGUGGAGCUGACUAUGCGGUGUAUGUGAACACGGCUCAGGCGUUUUUAUGGUUGCGACUCAGGAGCUAGACCUGAUGAAGCUGUGUCCUGGGGCGCAACCUGUGAAAGGAUCUUUAUCUUUAUCUAUAUUCUGUUUUAACCAAAAGUAUUUAUGGGACUUUUAGCCCCAGGACUUUUUCAAGGUUCCCGAAGAUUCUAAACAGGUUCAUGCUGCUUAUAUAUGAACAACCGAAAGCUACAACAGGCUUUUGCAGACCAGUUCACUGGGUGUGGUAAUGCAGAUUCAAAACAGCCCAAACACUACACCUGCUGUGGAAACGCAGCCUUUUCUACUAAUAUUGGCUAUAACAUAUUAACAUCAAUAUUAUGUUCCAUCUACUAUUCCUUUUUUGAUUUGAUAAAAUAAUUGCAAAAACAGCAAAGUGCACGAAUGCAACAAUGGAUUAUGUUCUAUUUCGAAAAAGUUACUGGCAAUACAAAUUUGAAUGUUAGUGAGAUUAUGUGCACUGUAACCUUAUCCAUUCAUCAUAGAGCUUCAUUGGAAUCACUAAAGAUCAAACCUACCAAGAGGGUUUAAUCAUCCUUGUUGUACUCACAAAAUGUCAAUCUGUCUUUCCAGGUGUUUGGAGAUGCCACCAUAAUCUUCCCCUUGUUAGUGGCAGAAAUGUUCGCAGUUCAUGCGAAUACGACUGCUGGCAAGAAAAAAGAAUGAAAUCAAGGCCUUCUCAAAUCUUUUAUCAGAAGCAGCAGCAUUUUUUCCACUUUCUCUCACUCUUUUUUUUUUUUGAUCUGGUGUUUGUGCUGUUUGUGUGUUGUUUGACAGUCAUUUCUCACGGUGGAUCCUCUUGAAUUAUUGUUUCAGGAAAAUAUUGUAGUUUGACCCAACUGGAUUGAUUUGCCUAAGUUAGUUUGUUGUCCUGGGAGGUCUUCAUUCUGUUUCACAACCUUACCCAUUCAUCCUCAUACCGUAAGUAAAAUGUUUUGGUUGGACCAGUAGAACAGGUUAAGAAUUUAAGUAGCAGACCUGGUGAUCAGCCUUAUCCCGGUUGCACAUACUGUUCAUUAUAUCAGUAUUUAAGGAACUAGAAUACGUUCAUGUAAAUUUUAUAACAAUUUUAAGUGCUGUUGAGAUUUUAAUGCAAACAGAAUAUUAUACAAACACCAUGUAGCUAUAUGCUUCAUUUGGUUAAAAUGUUUAAAUGAUUUGGGAACGCCCAUCUGCACACAACUCCGCCCUCCUGGUCUUAUAGAGGAAUGAAAACGGCAGGUUUAAAUCAGAGUUUUGGAGCAUUGACUGUGGAACAUCCAGAGGACAAACCAUUCUUAAGAGAUCUUCUGUCUGCAAACUUUACAGACAUUAUGGGCUCCAAGCAAAUCUACAGGAACACUAUCACCCUACCAGACACACCAAAGGUACAGGGCUAUGACUUCAACCAGGGAGUGGACCACAGAGCUCUGCUGCAGUCCUUCCUCAGCACCGGCUUCCAGGCGACUAAUGUGGGCUUGGCUAUCCUGCAGAUCAACAGCAUGAUCAAGAGGCGUCAGCAACCAGUGGAGGCAGCGAAUGCAACUGCUGACAAGGACCCGUCCACCUCCCUGAGCUGCACCAUCUUCCUCAGUUACACUUCCAACCUCAUCAGCAGUGGAGUCAGGGAGAGCAUAUGUUAUCUCGCAGAACACAGAAUGGUGGAUGUCUUAGUGACCACAGCUGGAGGCAUAGAAGAGGAUCUGAUCAAGUGUUUGGGCCAGAUCUACAUGGGAGACUUUACUCUGUCUGGAAAGGAUCUGUUUAAAAAGGGCCUUGACAGGAUUGGCAAUCUUCUGAUGCCAGAUGAAAACUAUACGUUAUUUCAAAAAUGGUUGACAUCAAUCUUGACGCAGAUGCUGCUCGAGCAGAACACUCAGGGUGUUCGCUGGACUCCUUCGAAGAUGAUCCAUCGACUGGGAAAGGAGAUCAACCACCCUGAAUCUGUUUGCUACUGGGCCUACAAGAAUAGCAUCCCAGUGUUCAGCCCCGCCCUUACAGACGGCGCUAUAGGAGACGUGCUCUACAUCUUCUCAGCUGAGAACCCUGGCUUGAUAUUGGACAUAGUUGAAGAUAUUUCAGGGAUAAACAGGAUUGCUGUGAACGCCAGAAGCACAGGGAUGAUCAUCCUAGGGGGAGGGUUAGCCAAACACCACACAUGCAAUGCCAAUGUUUGGAGGGAGGGAGCUGACUAUGCGGUGUAUGUGAACACGGCUCAGGAGUUUGAUGGUUGUGACUCAGGAGCUAGACCUGAUGAAGCUGUGUCCUGGGGCAAGAUCAAACUGGAGGCUCAACCUGUGAAGGUGUUUGCAGAUGCCACCAUUAUCUUCCCCUUGUUAGUGGCAGAAACAUUUGCUGUUAAUGCUGAUAAGAAGACCACAGCCAAGGAAAACUAAUAAUUUGAGACCACCUUGAGUGAAGUACUACUAAGGCAACAUGCAUAACAUUUGAGUCAUAGAACAGUCACCCUGAAAAUGUUAUUUAUUCAAAUCUGCAGUACGAUAGAACGUCAGAAAAGGUCUAUUGUUUGAUGUUGCCUACUGUCACAGUGAAAAUAAAUGUUCGGCUGAAUAAUAAUGUCUCAAUGUGUCUUUGGGUCAAAAUGUGAGGACAGAACUGGAUAAAAGCAUGAAUCCAUGUGGUAUUCCACGGUAACUGAAAUGAAAAGAUAGGAAAAGUUAGAAAUAAUUUAGAAAAAUGGUUACUAAUAGUAGUCAAAAAAAGUAGUCAAAAUGUACAUGUUGCAUUUAAAAAUGUUAACUUGUUAACUAUGUAUUUACCAUCAUAAUAAAGAAUUAAUAAUACCUAAAAUGACUGGAAAAAAAAGAUUUACCAUGGACUUUGGCCCAUGUCCCAUCCACUAACAUGGAGGAGGCCAGGUUUAAAAUAUUUUGGCUUCACUUUUGGGAGCUGUCACGUCAUCUGUCUUAAUAUAAAGUGUGUGCAAUAAACAUGCAUAUUGUUUGGACUGACAUGUACAUCAACACAAAUGUGAUAACGGUCUGAGGGC